AUGGAUGAUUCCUACAUGAUGGUUCCUAUGAGGAGAAAACGAUCACAGUGUGAUUUAGCCCAGAUGGUGCAAGCAAUUGAGGAAUAUGAUGGAAGUACGCAAUGUGAAAUUGAUAUAGAUGAGUGUGCUUCACAUCCCUGCAAAAAUGGAGCCACCUGCAUUGACCAACCUGGUAAUUACUUCUGCCAGUGUGUGCCUCCAUUUAAAGUGGUUGAUGGCUUUUCCUGCUUAUGCAAUCCAGGCUAUGUUGGGAUAAGAUGUGAACAGGACAUUGAUGACUGCAUCCUGAAUGCCUGCGAGCACAAUUCUACCUGCAAAGAUCUGCAUCUCCAUCAUGAUGUUGAAUUUAGAUGAAAAGCAGAAAAUAAGAAGACUUCAAAUCCACAGUAGGAAGCGAUUUGUAACAAUGAGCCAGUUUUCUUCUUUUCCUUUCUUUAUGGUUCAGUAAAUCUAAGAAAACAAUAGGAGGAAAAAAUAAUCUUUUGAAAGUCUAGCAUAUAAUAAAAUACAAAUGUU